AUGUAAAUAUGGCUAAUAUGCUAGCAAGCUAUCCCAACAUAUCAGAGCUCUCCUAUGGAUUUAUUACAGUUUCUAGAUCAGCUAGGAGGAGUAGAUUGAUCAGUGGUGAGGGACAUGUUGGCUACUUAGAGAUUAAGGCCCCAAAUUGUGUAGUGCAUUGCUCCAAUAGUAGUAGUAGUGGUAGCUCAGGAAGUAGUACCUCAUCCACUGAGGAAGUGGGUUUCGUAGGAAGUGGAAAGUUUGGCAUUGAUAGUAAGGGAGAAUUCAAGUACUUGGUGAGUGAAUAUGGAUGGAAGGUCAGGAGUUUGUUUAGAAAUGGAGAUGAGGUAAGCAAGGCAGCUCAAGUUCAAGCUGAAGCAUUUCAUGAACCUGUGUUUCUCUUCAAUGAUCUGUUCUACCAAUUCUUCAAGGCUGAAGUGUUAUCUGGGCUUGCAUAUAAACUUAGGAGCUCACCCCCAAAUAGGUAUGCCUGUUUGGUAGCUGAGCCUACACUCAUCGACACUCCAGAGUCGCAAGAACUUGUAGGCGUUGUGGAUCUCACGGCAUCAAGAGACCAGAAUGUACUAGGGCAUCUCCCACCUGAUGCAGAUGAGUAUCUUUAUGUGUCUGGAAUAGCUGUUUUAAGGAGCUUUAGGAGGAAGAAAGUAGCCACUGCUCUACUUAAAGCUUGUGACAAGCUCUCAGCUGAGUGGGGAUUUCAGUAUCUUGCCCUCCGAGCUUAUGAAGACGAUUUUGGUGCCCGAGAGUUGUAUUCAAAUGCCGGUUACCGGGUUGUCUCUGGUGACCCGCCGUGGAUGAGUACUUGGAUUGGAAGAAAACGCCGUGUUCUUAUGAUCAAACAUAUUUGACUCUAAUAGUGCUUCAAGUUCUCUUGCACAUGUUGAGUUCAUUUUCCUCUUAGGGAGAGUUCUGAUUUUAAGGUUUACCAACUGUCCCAAUUCUUGAUUCCUAGUGGGAUACCUCUCUUAG